CUGGAAUGGGCAUGGAAGGUUGAGCAUGCUCUCUCCCAGUGUUUACUGUUAGGCACAAGGCAGCCAGCGUGUUUGUGUCGAGUUUGGGUAAUGGACGAAUUGUUGCCUGAAGGCAGACACCACGGGAAGCCAGAGAUCUGAUACAACAUUUGAAGGACCUCCAGGAUGUAUUUAGGUUAAUAGUAACACUAGUUUUAAAAAGAAAACAAAACAAAAUGGAUUUGAGAGCCAAGCACGGUUUGACGCUGUUAGAACAGCUAAAUCGAAUGCGGGAUGCUGAGCAGUUAACAGAUGUGGUUCUAGUCGCUGAAGGUGUUAGCUUCCCAUGCCACCGUGCGGUGCUUUCUGCCUUCAGUCCCUACUUCCGUGUAAUGUUCACCUGUGGCCUGCGAGAGUGUACCAACCGUCAGGUGGUGUUAAGAGACAUGCCAGCCCCAAGCCUAGCCCUUCUGCUGGAAUAUAUGUACAGCUCCAAUCUUCCACUCACUGCAGCCAAUGUGCAGGGAAUCUCUGUUGCCGCAUUUCUUCUACAGAUGGAUGAUGUUUUCAGUCGUUGUCAUAUCUACAUGAUUGACAACAUGGAUGCUUCCAAUUGCCUGGGCAUUUAUUAUUAUGCUCGUGAUCUAGGGGCAGAAGAGUUGGCCGACCAGGCUCAGCACUAUCUACGACAGCACUUCACUGAAGUGUGCCUUGGAGAGGAAGUGCUGGAGUUGGAGGCACACCAGUUAGGGGCUGUAUUGGGCUCAGAUGAUCUCAAUAUUUCACGGGAAGAGAGCAUUUUGGAUGUGGUGAUGCGCUGGGUGAAUUACCGUCCAGGGGCUAUAGGCUCAGAGGAAGAGAACCGGGCCAGGCACCUUCCAGAGCUCUUGAAGAAGGUACGUCUUCCACUGGUGGGUGCAGAUUACUUGAAGGGGACUUUAAAACGGAACACGGCUCUUCUAGCUGAUGCCGAAUGUCUUCAGAUAAUGGAGGAGGCAGUUGAAGCAGCGAGAUUGGAUUCAGAUGCUCCACCUCGUCGACUGAAGCUGCGUUAUGGCAUGGAGACCACAGACCUCCUGCUCUGCAUUGGUAAUGAUGGAGGAGGCAUUCGCUCACGUUACGGAAGCUACACAGAGCGUAGCUUUUGUUAUGCUCCCAAAACAGGACGGACACUUUUCAUCACCUCUCCGAGAUAUGGUGAUGCACUUGGAUAUGUCUUUGCUGGGGUAGUGACUGAGAGGAAUGACAUUAUUGUUGCAGGAGAGCUGGGAGCAAGAAGGAUGUCAAGACAGAAAGAAAGAAAUGUCGAGAUUUUCAUGUACAACAAGGAAGCCCAAGGAUCUUGGAAACACUUGAGCUCAGCAGAGUAUCGUGAUUCUUAUGCUUUAGGCUCUUUGGGAGAAAACCUCUACCUGAUUGGUGGUCAAAUGAAGCAAAACCAGUUCCUCAUCACCAACAGUGUUGAGCGUUGGUGUCUACAGGGUGGACCAUGGCGUAGCGCUGCCCCUCUGCCCAUGCCACUGGCCUAUCACAGCAUAGUUCGGAUGAAGGGCCGGCUGUAUGUACUUGGAGGACGGACUCCACAGUCGUACCGCACAGAUGACGAGCCUGACCGUAUGAGUAAUCGUCUGCUUGAAUACGACCCAGAAACCAACAAGUGGAGUGAACUGAGCCCUAUGAAAUAUUCAAAAUACCGUUGCAGUGCAGUCACACUCAAUGGGGAAAUCUAUGUACUAGGUGGUAUUGGGUGCGAAGGUGUGGAUCGUGGCCAAUCACGUCAUUGCCUUAAUGUAGUGGAGAUCUACAACCCUGAUGGUGAUUUCUGGAGGGAUGGUCCACCUUUACCAUGGCCUCUCCUAUCACUUCGCAGCAAUGCAUCAAAUGCUGGGGUUGUUGAUGGAAAACUUUAUGUCUGCGGAUACUACAAAGGAGCAGAUCGUCACGAUACCAUUACUAAAGACAUCCUGCAGUUGGAUCCCUGGGAAAAUGUUUGGACUGUGGUAGCAAAGCAGGCUCUGAUGCACGACAGUUAUGAUGUGUGCUUGGUGGCAAAUCUGAAUCCUCGUGGACUGAUGCCCCCUCCUGCUGACUUGGUAGAGGAAUGACAAUACUAUCUAUCCAACAGUGAUUUCUCAUUAAAAAAAAUCUAUGCAUUUUUUUCAUU